AUGAAGUCUGUCGCGUGAGUUUUCUUUAUCAGCUAUCCUACAAGAAAUAUUCUUAAUUUCAGCAUCUUCUGCGCCCUGUUCGCCGUCUCCACUGCCCAGUUGGCUGCCUGGCCAUCCACCUCCUACUCGCCAUUCUACCAGGCGCUCUUCGGUGGAGCCGCUGCUCCGGCAUUUGCUGCUCCGGCCUACGCCCCGGCUCUCGCUGCUCCAGCUUAUGCUCCGGCCCUCGGAGCCCCAGCCUAUGCUCCGGCAUUUGCUGCUCCGGCGCUCGCUGCUCCAGCGUAUGCUCCGGCGUUCGCUGCUCCAGCAUAUGCUCCGGCACCAGUCGCUCCUCUUCCAGUCGCCGCUGCUCCGGCUCUCGCCGCCGCCUCCGUCAACGGACUCCCAGUCGCUGCCGCUCCGGCGUUCGCUCCAGCAGCCGUGCCCGCCUACGCUCCAUUCCAAACCGCCGCCUACUGGAUCGGAUCAAACAAGGCCAAGACCGUCAAGGCCUAA